AUGGGAAUCCGAAGGCAACCUGAAAGUGAUGCAGCCUAUGUGAACAUUCCAAGCGAUUCAAGAGAGACAUCAUCAGUAGAAUCAAUAGUCGAGAACUCAGGACUAAAAGCACUGAGUAAUUUUUGUCAAAGAGCCAUUUGGAUUCUGGCCGGUAGUACUCUCAUAGGAUUUGCACUUUGUACUUUGUGGUGGGAUCCGAUUGUGUCAGAUGAAGUUCAACAAGAAAACCCUCAAUCGAACAAUCAACCCUCAAUUGUACAAGAAGAAUGUAAUCCAUUUCAACAACUUGGGUAUCUACAUUACAAUCAAACUGAUUAUGGUGAUAAUACAUGGAGACCUUAUCAAAAGGAAUGUCGACCUUCUAAUUUGUUUUCUAAACUUAAACAAGAUUUAUUGGUAAACUCGAGGGCAGAAAAUGAUGAACGAUUUAAAUGGCUUCAGAAUCGGACUUUAGUUUUGAUUGGUGAUUCGAUUGAAAGAUGGCACCUCUUUGACUUUUGUACCAUGUUGAACGAAGCGCCUGGAUCGACUGAAGAAUCACCAAUUUUCCUUAAUGAUCCACCAGCCGAAACAUAUUACAUUAAUGCCGAUUCACCUUUAUCACCUAAACCAUUCCAUUUCGAUCCAAUCGAUCCAACAAAACCUCCUUCAAAUUGGCCAGUUGGUGAAGAAGAUUUAUUUAAAUUUCAAUCUCCUAUUUGGGAAUCUGGUAAGAACAAUCCUAAUACUACUAGACCUAGAGUUUGUAGGAUAGAAAAGUAUGGAUUCACAGCUGUGAAUCUGUUUACAUGGGGUCUUGAACCUAAAAAUGGUGGAAGGAUUUAUGCCAAUAUUUCUGGAUAUUACCCUCCAGCAGAAUACACAAGUCGGGUGACCAACAUCAUGAAACCUUUACUCACCAACCUAGCUGAACAUUACAAGAAUCCGAAUAUAGAAAAACCAGACUUGAUAGAGAUGGCAUCAGGUUUUUGGGAUUUAAGACAAUGGGGUGAAGAAGACUUUGAAGAGAGCGAAGAAGAACCUAAUUCAUAUUCUCCAAUAGCUUUUACAGAUUUAGAUCAAGGAAGAUUAAAUUGGUGGAGUACUAGAAUGAAAAGAGCCGUCAGAUUCGUGUCUCAAAACUUUCCAGAGAAUCAAACUCCAAUCCUUUGGCGUUCACUUCAUCAUACACAAAGACAUUAUUGGGUAGCUUUUAAUCGUGUGUUUCAACUUGAUCAACUUGCUAGAUAUAAUAUUCAGCAACUCAAAUCACAGGACUCUGUUCUAAAGGAUCGUUUAAGGGUAGAUGAAUCAGGAUAUGUAGGUGCACUUAUGUUAGGACAAGAGCAUCACUUUCGAGAUGUACUUCAUCUUGCAGCAUUGCCAGGAGCAGUUCUGUGGGCUGAUAUAAUUCUAUGGGAAUUAAAACGUGCAGUCCUAAGGCGUAAUUAUACUCAUUAUCAAAAUGUUCUGUAG